CAAGGGCAGGGAUCAAACCCGCAACCUCAUGGUUCUUAGUCGGAUUUGUUAACCACUGAGCCACAACAGGAACUUCAAAUGUUUUAUUUCUUAAGGGUGAAUAAGAAAGUUCUUUUAGCAAAAAGGGUCUAAAUUAAGGUAACAGAAUUUAGCAGAAAUUUUUUCAUGAAUAAGGCUAAGGACCAUUGAGUUCAUUUGAACUCAAGCUCUACUGGUUUUUCUUUUGUUUUCCAAGUUGUAGUCAUUUCUUCAAUAAUGGCAUAUAUUUAUAUAAUGACUCACUAUAUCAUAACUGAAAAUGAUUUUGAGUGUGUAUAUGCACACACACAUAUUAAUUAAUGAUUGAUAUUAAUGUGUGUAUAUACUAUGGAUUGAAUUAUAUCUAUCACCAAAUUCUUAUGUUAAAGUCCUAAUACCCAACACUCCAGAAUGUGACUGUAUUUAGAGAUAAGGCCUUUAAAUUAAAAGGAGGUCCUAUUGGUGGGCCCUAAUCCUGUCUUUAUAAAAUGUGGAAACUUGGACACAGACAUACUGAAAGAAGACCAUGUGAAGACAUAGGGAGAAGAUGGCCAUUAACAAGCCAAGGAGAGAGGCCUCAGAAGAAACCAACCUCCCUGACACCUUGAUCUCAGACUUUUGGCCUCCAGAACCUGGAGAAAAUCAAUUUCUGUUGUUUAAACCACUCAGUCAAUAGCAUUUUGUUAUGUCAGCCCUAGCAACUAAUACGGGGUGUGUGUGUGUGUUUAAUUUAAAAUAUAAUUAUUAUUAGGUCAGCUAGAGUCACCCUUACCACAUAAUAUCUCAUUUCAUAGAUUGUGGAAAGUUUAAGAUCCUCUCAAAGACUCCUGGAAGCUCCUGGGGACUAGUGUCCUUCCAGCUUCAACCUCCUGCCUUUCCUGAUUCAGUUCAGAUGCCAUUUUACAAUCUCCAACUUUUGCGGUCCUUGUCCUCGGCUAACUGAUGGUGGACUCAGGCCUUUCCAUUAAUUUCCAUCAAAAUAAAAUAAAAUAAAGUAAAAUGUUAACAACAACCAAAACAAAACAAAAAUAAAAAUCCACCUUCAUGCAAGGUACUUAUGAACACGGCUGACAUUAGAUCCCAGAAAUGUAAAAAAUUAAAUUGAACAUUUGCUCUUUCUAACAUAGUCCUUUGGUCACUUCCACAAAUGGGAGAUCCAGCUUCCUUUCAUAUUAUGAUGUUAUAGCUCUCACUCUCUCUUCCUUCUCCUCUCCCUCCUCUUUCUUCUCCUCUUUCCUCUUCUAUCCCAGCCUCCCUCCCUCCCUGCCUCCCUCUCUCUAUCCUCUACAUACCCUGAUCUUCUCUACGGUUUUGGGGGGGAUCCGCCCUCAUCCCCAGCAGUUGGAUUAUCAUUGUUAGUGAGUUAGCCUCAUGUUCUCAGGAUCCUCUUUUCUACCUCAAGGAGCUAAUUAAACUGUUUUUCUCAAACAGAGACAGUCCCUUUUCUCAGAGAAAUUCUGGAGCUAGCUAUUGAAGUUAUCCUUGUUACAUUAUGUUUAGCCAAGUUACUGAAAAGAGUGACAGUAAUAUUUCAAGUUGUUUUUUUCACCCUAAUUUAAAAAAAAAGAAUUACAAUCAUUAAACAUUAUCUAAUAUCAAUGCAUUACCCUUCUAUAUGAUCUCUGAUUGACUCAGAUCUAAAACCUCCAUUAAAUGCUAUUUUUGAAUAUUGUUGAAUAUUAUUUUUAAAUUCUGCUGUCUCACUGGAACUUUUCAUCACAUAUAUAAACUCUGAACUUUAUUUUUUAAACCAUCAACUGUUGGCAAUCAGCAAAUGAUUUAAAUUAUAAUUUCAAAGAGGAUACUUUGAAAACUAAGGACUUUCACACUUAUCACUUUCUAUAAGGGACACAGGGACAAAGGCUUAGUUUUGUUUUUAUUCAAAAGAUUUUCCACACAAUUAAUAUGUGUUGAUGUAAAUUGCCUAGUUGAAGAAUGUCAGUUUAUGGUUUGAGGAAGAAAAUGAAAAUAAAUUCUGGUUCAAAAUCACUUCUUAGGAAACAGGCUGCUACUGCCACCUGGGGGAGGUUCUUUCUGCUUCAUUCAAGAAGGCCAAAUGUGCUUGUCAGAUGACUGAAUCUCGUUUGUGUUUUCCUUGUCAUAUCCACACAGGAAGAAGACUUUUUAACUUUCUUCCCAUGAAGUCAUAAGGCAUUCCAGAUGUCUCCAAGAUUCCUUCCACAGAAAUACAUACUUCACAGACUUUUUGAGAGGUAUGCAAGAAGAUGAACCAGAAUAUAACCAUAUGAAGAUUUCUACAUCUUAUACACUAAGAAAGGAUGUUGGAAAAUAGGGGUUAUACCCUAAAAAAUGGGGGGGGGAAUAAAAUUUAAGCUUUUAAUAACAAAAUGAAAUACCAAUUUUUAAGUAAAAUUUAUUUGGCCUUAUGUUAUAGUUAACUGUACUCUUUUUCUGACCCGUGUUAUCAUUCAUUGAUAUGAAAACCGCAUGUGCUGAUACUAUCAUGCUAAUUAUAACAUCAGUAUAAUAAACUUCGAUUAGAUGGAAAUAGCCAAGAGUGUUCUUAGAGAACUUUGAAUGUAUGAACUAAAUACUGUUAUGAAGUCAAUAUAAGGCGUAUAUAUCACAUAUGUGUUUGUUGAAACUUUUUAAUGAAGUAGUGAUAUGUCAAUUACAAUGGAAAAAAAUGUGACCAUUGCUUUCAAAUGUCCAGCUUCUAUUUAAUACUUGCAAAUCCUACACUUCUUUAGGCUAUAAGAUAAAUUGCUAUCUAUUAUCAAUGCUUGUAAACAAAGAAGUUAAUCCUGGGAAUAGAAGUUUCAGGAAGUGCCUACUGAAAUUACAAGUCUGUCAGGUGACGUAAAAAGAAGUCAGUGCUGAUUAGAGGAAAACAACUAAUCAUUUAUAGAAAGAAACCUGGUAAUAGAUUAACUAAAUAAAAUACAUAUAUUGUCAAUCUCAGAGUGGUGCAAUGAUACUGUCAGAGGUUGAAGUUCAGACCAAAGAGCAACUGUACCAGCCUGAAGGAAGUCUUUGCGGAGAAAGCAUUUUUAAGGUUAGAAAAGCCAUAAUGGACUCCAACAAGUUGACCAUCAACUUGGCCCUCUUUGGCAUGACUCAAAGUGGAAAAAGUUCUGCUGGGAACAUUCUUCUGGGAAGCACUGACUUCCACAGCAGCUUUUCUCCAAGUUCUGUGACCAAAGAUUGCACUCUUGGGCGCAGUUGUCACCUCCAUGCCUUCAUGCGUCGAGGGGGGCAAGAGAUAACCCUGCAGGUCCAGGUGUUGGACACUCCAGGUUAUCCACACAGCAUGCUGAGCAAGAAGCAUGUGAAACAGGAGGUCAGAGAGGCCCUGGCACGUCACUUUGGGCAGGAGGGUCUUCACCUUGCCCUGCUGGUCCAGAGAGCAGAUGUGCCUCUCUGUGGACAGGAAGAAUCUUCCCCAGUCCAGCUGAUUCAGGAACUUCUGGGACAAGCCUGGAAGAAUUAUACUGCCAUUCUUUUCACUCACGCAGAAAAAAUAGAAGAGGCUGGGUUCAGUGAAGAAGAGUAUUUACGUGAGGCCUCUGAUACACUGCUAACUCUGCUAAAGUCUAUUCAACACAAAUACAUUUUCCAGUAUAAAAAAGGAGACUCACUUAAUGAACAAAGACUAAAAAUAUUAGAAAGAAUCAUAGAAUUUAUAAAAGAAAAUUGUUACCAAGUUCUUAACUUUAAAUAAGAUUUAGGUGAAAGGUUUAAAUAAGAUUUAGGUGCUGGGUUUUAGAGUUAGCAACCUGGUUUCAAAAGUUUCUUUGUAAGAUCAAUACGGAUCAUCAGAAUUUCCAUAUGCUGCCACGGAGAAGACACACUGGUAUAAGCACUUUGAAAAACGGCAGUUUGGCAGUUAAAAAUAAAAUAAAGGAGUAAAGAUUUCUAAGGCAAAUCCUAUGACACAGUAGUUAAACCCCAAAAUAUAUAUCCAACAGGAAAAUACACAUGUGUAUACUACAAGACAUGUAUGUAUACAAGAAUGUUCCUAGCAGUACUAUUCAUAAUAGCUGAAAACUGAAAAAUUACCCAAAUGUCCAGAUUAGCAAACUGUGGUAUAUUCAUACGAUGAAAUAUUAUAAAAUAAUGAGAAUGAACAAACUACACCUGCAUUAACAAGAUGAAUGAAUUAUCCAAAAUGCUGAAAGAAAGAAGCCAGACAUAAAAGAGCACAUACUUAAGUGAUUUCAUUUGUAUACAUUUCAGAGACAGUCAAAACUAAUGUAAUUUAAACUAUUCUGAUAUGAGAAGCAUCAGAAGAGAGUAGUAACCCUUGGGAAGGGGAUAGUGAGGGAAAGCAAGCAACAGGGAAGCUUCUGAGAUCAGUAAUGUUCUAUUUGCUGAUCUGGAGCUGGUUUCACAGACUGUGUUCUCUUUGUGAAAAUUCAACAACACCUCUGACUUAUGAACUGUUCAGUAUAUUUGUUAUACUUAAAUAAAAGUUAGCAAUGAAUAAAUUAUUUGAAAAGCUUGUUCCACUACUUACUUGAUACUAGGCAAGAAAAAUUAAAAACUUGUGAAGGUCUUUUUCCUCAUGGAAAAUACCUACUUCAUAGUUACUGUAAUGAUUAAACAACUUAGUACAUGGUAGAUGCCCAACAAAUGUUAACUUCCUCUUCCACUAUCUUAUAACCUCUGGUUCCUGUUUAGGUUUGGAAAUAUAGGUAAAUGCUUAGAGCCAAAUACUGCAGCAGAAAUAAAUGUAACAAUUGUAAUAACCAAUAUGAAUAAAGCUUUGACUGAAGAGGUUUCCAGUUUACCUUGGAAGGCUGGUCACUUUGGCUUAGCGCAGUGCUCCAGGGUAAUCUCAAAGACAGCAGUGGGGAGCCAAAGAAAAUAAUUCUGGUCAAUCACAUGGGCCAAGUUCAUCACCAAGUCAAAAUCAGAUCACCCCCAUGUUUAACAUUUGUACAUGAACUUUAUCAUUUAUAAAAUCUUUUCUCUAAGAUAGUCCCCAAUUUACAAACAGCUUGUUCUCAUCAAGUUAAUUUGUAAAUUGUUUGGGUUUUUUGUUGUUGUUUGCUUGUUUGUCUGUAGUGUGUAGUAUACUGUAUUUUCCGUUAAAAACAGGAUUAUAGCUUGUGGUUAUUCUCCCAGACUAGUCCUCAAAAGCAUACUUAAUGUAUAAUAUUACUUGAAUUCUAGCACGAAUUUAUAAAGUGUUUCUAAGGGAAAGCAUGAUACAAAUCCCAACUUGAAACAGUAUCUAUUUCUCUUCAUGGCCCCCUCCUAUUCUUGUAGGCCCAGGAUUGUGAAGUGGGAGUCUCCAUAGUGCAGCUGAGUUUGGGAGUUAAGUAAAAAAAUGACACUUUCCUAGGGGUUGGUGGCUUGGUGACCAGGGAAAGAGAUUUGAGGCCAAAAAGUUGAAACUGCAGUGACUAGUUUCCACGAAGAGUGGAAAAUUCAUGUUUUGACUCUUUCACAUCCUUCAUUCAUAUGAUGUCAGCUAACCCUUGUAGAACACAGAUACUAAUUAGCUUCAGGAAAGGAUGUACAGAAUCAUUAAGGAUUCAAGAUCUCCGAGGCUGGCCUAAGGUUAAUGAUUCUACUUUCAAAGAGGAAGACUUCUGUGAUGUUCUUCUCUGUGUUGUUAUUGUUAUUUUUAUAUAUAAAACCUUGAAAGGGAUCGUAUUACAUAUUUGACUUUAGUAGUCAGACUUUGCUUUUUCCAGUUAGCCUUUACCUCUUUUCUUCUUCAUGCAAAUCAGCCCAUUAUCGAUAGCUCAAGUCAACAAAAGCAUGGUAUACACUAUUUGUAUUUCCUGCAUGUCCAAAUAAUCACACAAAAACAUACGUGGGGCUUAAAAAAAGGCAUUUUCAUACUAUAUUCUUUACAGUAUCUUUUUUCACUUAACAUCACCUCAUAUAAAUUCUUCCAACUCUAAAAUUUAGCUUUAAUUCACCCAUUUUAAAGACCGCAUAGCAGAAUGCAUAACAUUUCAGGGUGUAUAUGUAAUAAUUUAUGUAAAUAUUCCUCUAUUGAUGUGCAUUCCAGUUUUCUGACAUCCAAAGCUAUGCUCCAAUAACUAUGCUCGUACAUAUAUUUUAAUAUAAUAUUGACUUUUUUUCUGGAAAUUAUAUUUCCAAGAGUGGGAUUUAUGAAUUGAACUACAUAUACACUCUAAUUUUUAUGUAUCUAAAUUUGUUUUCAUAAAUGUUGCAACGAAUUUUAAACAUUUGAAAACCCUUUUCCUAUAUUCUUGUCAUCAAACAAUGUUAUCAUCUUACACACCUAUUGCUAACACCAGUUUGGUAAAUAUAAAUCGUAUCUUACUGUUUACCUUAAUUUGCAUUUCCCAGACUACUAUUGAAUUGGAGCAUCUUUUUAUAAGCACAUUGGUCAUUUAGAUUUACUCUUCCAUGAAACUGUCUCUUCAUACUUUUUCUUUUUGUCAUUUUUCUAUUGGAUCACUUCACAUAAAUGUUCUUUGCUUAACAAAAACCUUAGUCAGGCUCCAUAACUUUCUCCUAGGCCCAUCUACUUCUUUUAAAUUUGGUUUUAGCAAGAACCCUAAGUCAGUUCUACAGAACCCUCUACCUUCAAUAUUUGAUCAGGUUCCUUGUCUAAUCACCCUGACCUGUAUUCAGUAAAGAUCCUGUUAGGUGGGUUUACCCAGACUCCCUCUGACCCUUCCUUGUGGUUCCCUCUUAGUAAUUUUCCAUCCACUUAGCCCCACCCUGCUCCUUUGCCUUACUGCCCAUGCUGUAUUCAGAGUUGAGCCUAAUCUCUCUCCUCCACUGUAAAUUUCCAUUCCAGUGGUCCCUAUACCUAUUGUGAUGGUCCUGAAUAAAGUCUGCCUUAUCAUCUUUAACAAGUGUUGCAGAAUACUUUUUCCUUAGUACUUACUGCUUGGUAAAUUGCAAAAACUCAACUUAUAUAUUGGUAUUAGUCCUCUGUCUUUCAUGUUGUAAACUUUCUUUAUUCUACAUUUUUGUCCUUCAGUUUUCUGUAUGGUAACAUUUGCCAAAAUAAAUGUGAAUUUUAUUAUGGUCAUAUAUUUCUGUAUACAUGAUAUAAGAUAGGGUUUUAGUUUCAUUUCCUUUUUGAUAGGUACCAAAAGUAUUUGCUCUAUUUAUUAAAUAUUUCAUCCCUUUCCUACUGAGAUAGAUAUAUAAAUAUAUACCUCCUUUAUUUAUGGAUCUAUCCUGGAUUCUUAAUUCUAUUCCAUUAUCUAUUUUAUUUAUAUUACUGUCAAUACCAUAAUGAUUUAAUUAAAAUUGCUUUAUAGUCUUCUUGAUACCUAAGAGGAAACAUUUCUCUUGUUUUUUUCUCAAAAUACUUUCUGGCUACUCCCAAUCAUUCAUUUAUAUAUAUAUUUUCAGAUACGUUUUAUCUAACUAAAAAAUUAUUUUGCAGUGUGUGUACAAAUGACAUUUUAUAUUAAAUCCUCCUAUAAAAGCAUACAGGAUAUUUAUCCAUCUUAAGUUUAUUAUUUAUUUUAUAUUACUUCAUUUCUUACAU